AUGGAAGUUUGGCUCGUACAAAUAAAUUGUGUUGUUAGAGCGAAAAAUAACAUUAAAGGAAGACCAGGACCAUCUGCAAAGAGUAGUGAUUUUUUUGCUGGUAUUUCGGUCAACGUAAAUGAAGCACCCGAUGACUGGAUUGGAAAGGUCUGCGAAUCACAUAACGACCCACACAUGAAAACGUUUGACGGAAGGAAAUAUGAACAUCAAGAAAAGGGAGUAUAUAUAUUAUACGAACAUAAGGACCAAAACAGACAGAUGCAGGUUCAAAUUAAACUAAAGAGCUGCCAUCCUCCUCACCAAGUAAAUUUUUGUAACUGUGGUGUUGCUGUUAGAGCUGGUGGUGAUGUCUUCAUAGCCGAUAAGUGUGAUGAUGAUGGUGAUAAACAUUUGUUUGAAUAUAGGACUUGUCAUGAUAAAAUUUUAGAUGUUCGUCGUCAAAAGAAAAAUGACAGACAGUACAGUGUUUCAAAUGAGCAGCACGAUAAUGUUACAAUGACUAAAAAUGAGGCGGAAAAGUACUGUCAACACACUCUAGGAGCAUCUUCUGUAUUUAAGGCUUGUAGCCAAGUUCCUAAUGUCCAAAGUGAAUCGUCAUUGGAAGCAUGUGCCCUCGACAUUCAGUUGUCGAAAUCAUUGUCAUGGACCAAAGCAACAAUGGAAAGCUUCAAAUCAAAUUGUUUUGGGGAGCUAAUUGACAACAGCACUCUGAGCGAGGAACCAGAAGGUGGCGGAAUGACAAUUGCAGACGCUGUGCGGGAAGUACUCUGCCCUGGUCUUCCAGAAUGCAGUGGAAACGGUUCUUGUGUAAACGGUACAUGUUACUGCCAUAAUGGUUAUAUUGCAUCAGAUUGUUCAGUUGAUAAAACAACACCUCCUGUGAUGUUUGGAGUACGCGGAGAUGGGUUUUGUGAUCUAAGUGAAAUCGAAUGUGAUACGGCCUUUGUUUUAGGAGAGGACGUUGGAAGCAGUCCGAACUUGUCCUGUAGUUAA